GGGACGCCAGUCCGGCCGGGAGACGCUUACCUGCCGCUUCCCCGUCGUCCGUGCACCUGGCCGCAGCGACCUCGUUCGAAGGAGUUGGAAACGCGCGCGGCGUCCCGGGCACGGUCUCUCCGCGGAACGCGGGGCGCCUCUGCGACUCCUUCCCCGACCUGCCUCCUGGCCCGGCCGCCUCCAGCGCGCCCGGGAGAGGUGGGAGCGCGCCGGCUCUGGUUACGGAACCGGGCGUGCCGGGCGAGCGGGCUUCGAAAAUGCCCCGCGCGUUUCUAGUGAAGAAGCCGUGCGUCUCCACGUGCAAGAGGAACUGGAGCGAGCUCCCGGACGAGGAGCGCGGCGAGAUCUACGUGCCAGUCAGCCUGGGCUUCUGUCCACCACAGCCCUACCCGGAGCCGGCGCCGGAGCCAUCAGUGGCUGAACCCCCUUCUUGCCCCUUGGCUUUGGACAUGAGCCUUCGGGACUCCAGCUAUAGUGUGACUUCCGGACCCUGCGUGGUGGCCCAGCUGCCCUCUGAAGACGUGGGCCGCUUAGCGGACCCCCAGAGCAGAGACCAUGGCUUCUUACGCACCAAAAUGAAGGUGACUCUGGGGGACAGUCCCAGUGGAGACCUCUUCACCUGCCACAUCUGCCAGAAGUCCUUCACCUACCAGCGCAUGCUGAAUCGCCACAUGAAGUGUCACAACGAUGUCAAGAGGCACCUUUGCACCUACUGUGGUAAAGGCUUCAAUGACACCUUCGACCUGAAGAGACAUGUCCGCACCCACACUGGCGUGAGGCCCUACAAAUGCAGCCUGUGUGACAAGGCCUUCACUCAGCGCUGCUCUCUGGAGUCUCAUCUCAAGAAGAUCCACGGCGUGCAGCAGAAGUACGCAUACAAGGAGCGGCGCGCCAAGCUGUACGUGUGCGAGGAGUGUGGCUGCACAUCCGAGAGCCAGGAGGGCCACGUCCUGCACCUGAAGGAGCACCACCCCGACAGCCCGCUGCUGCGCAAGACCUCCAAGAAGGUGGCCGUGGCCCUGCAGAACACCGUCACCUCCCUGCUGCAGAGCAACCACCACCUCUGAGAGCACCGGCCCAGCCUGGGCAGGCCGGGGGGCCAAGGGUCACCACCCUGCUGCCCAGCCAGUCCACCCUCCUGCGGCCUCCUGCUGGAACACCAGUGAUCGGGACUGGAGCCCCCAGGCACAGGUGCUCCCUCAGGCCCUGCAUGACCUCUGCUUGUGUUUGCAUUUUUGUAUUUCGGGCAGAGGCUGAUCGAAGCCCAAAUGAUGGGCAGAUGUGUGUAAGUCUGGGCAGGGGCCAGGCCAGGACUGCCUUCGACCGGAAGCAGCACACCUGCAGAGAUAGCACUUUCUUCUGAGAGCAGGUGUGUGAGGGUGACCCUGUGACCUUCAUUCCGCCUCUGCAGCGCGGCCGGGGGCUACUGGUCCCCCGUGGAUGGCAGUGAGGAGCACUGGCUGAAAGCAUCCUGUGAACUCUGCGGCGGCGGCGCUGGGC